AUGGAACCCCCCGCAGACAAGACAGAUGGCUCGUCCAUCAAGCCAGUCUCGUCUUUGCUCGCCCGUUUUGAGAGCAUGAAUCAAGCUUCACCCCAGCCCAACUCGACCAUUUCACGAUCACCUGCCCCGAAACCCGAGCGCCUACGCAAUUUCAAGACGACUGGCGAUGCAGCAGUUGCGCCGGUCACUCCGACAAAAAAUUCUAUACCCAAAGAAAAGCCACCCGUCAAGCCCAAGCCUCAACACGGCACAGCUCUGGCUGCACAGCAAAAACGACCAGCUCUCGACGAGUCCGUCCUUCUUCCACCUCCCGUUACCAUCCAACCACCUCAGUCGCCCCCUCAACAAAGCCGACAGCAGACUAUACGCGGCGACCAAUCCCCAUUUCUCGACCCCUCGACCGCCAUAUCCCAUCCAUUCACCUCUUCGAAACCCUCCAGCGCGGCAUCAAGUCGACCACUAACACCCACACAUGGCGUCCCUCCGCCACGAUCGCCGCGCCUUCCUGGCUCCAAGCCACCCUCACCACCUCCACCCAGACGGACAGGCGAAAGCCGACGCGACAAGGAAGCCCGUGCUUUGACGCCUGUGACUACUGGCCGCUCAGAAAAGCGAGUGAGCGCAUACUUACCCCCGGCAGCAUUUCCGCAACGGCAAGAGUCACUACCAAGAAGCAUAUCGACAAGAGAUCCGUCACCCUUCACGAGCCCUCCGUCGUCAAACUCAGGUUCUGACGACGAAUCGCCUCCCCAACUACCUACACGGCCCAAUCGCGCCGCCAACAAUGCUGUAGCCAGACUAACUCACGGAGCAACCAGCUUUCAGCCACCCACUGCCCAUAACAGCUUGGCCGACAACAGACGAAAUCACACUAAUGGCACCGGAGACUCGCACAGAGCCCUACAUAACGACCCAUGUGCUGAUGAGCCCCCGCCACCAUUGCCUGUGCGACGCCCUACUCAAGAGAUGCCGAGCAAGACGGUUAUGACUCGCGACAUGGCCCCGCCCUCUCGUCCGGUACGAGCACCAGCGCAACAGUCACCGCCUAAGCGAGAUCCCAUACCGGCUCUUCAAUCGCAGCCUUUGUCGACCCAGCAGUUUCUCCCUCCUCCAAGUCGAAAUAGAUCCAAGACGCUGGAGAGCAAGAACUCAGACAAGGGCGACUUUUCCACAUCAGUCUCGCCGGAGCCUAAAGGGCCUGCCGAAGAGUCUGCCUUACCAGACAUCUCCUGCAUCAACCGCAAAGCACCGUAUUUGAAGGAAAGCUGUAUUUCAAUAGAGGCUGGAUAUGAACCGAAGCUAUUCGAUGUAUGUGGUGACGUCGUGUGCGCUACCGGCAGCUUUACACGAGGCUGGAAUACCUUGGAUGGUGGAAAACUGUUCAGUCUUAUACACAAGGAAGGGGUCAAAGCCACAGCCAUAAUUUUCAAACCGAACCUUGACCCUGACGCCGAAGAUGAUCAGAUUUGGAUCGGCAUGAAUUCUGGAGAUAUGAUGGAAGUCGAUGUCGCAACAGGUCGCAUACUCUGUACCAAACCUGGUGCUCAUGGACGGUACGAAAUCAAAAAGGCUUACCGAUACCGGAACCAAAUUUGGACAUUGGACGAGUCUGGAUGCCUACAUAUCUGGGGCCCAGAUGUCGACGGUACCCCCAAUCUCAACAAGAAUCCGACGCAUACCCAUAGAGUACCAACUGGUCAUACUUGCUCGUUGGUGGCGGAUGGCCAAUUGUGGCAUGUCGCAGGCAAAGCGAUCCGCGUCUUUGAUCCAUGGUCUGCCGCAUUUCAGGUUCUGGUGAAACCUCUGGUCACAGAGGGCACGGCUGACAUUACGGCUGGAACAACAAUGGAUGCUCACCCUCGAAAGGUCUUCUUCGGCCAUGUUGACGGGAAAGUCAGCAUAUAUUGUACGAGAGACUACACGUGCCAGAAGGUUAUCCAUGUUAGUCAGUGCUCAAUCAAUACAUUGGCAGCAGUGAGCGCAGAUCUGUGGGUUGGUUACUCGACCGGCGUGGUCAGCAUUUACGAUACGAAAAAGUCUCCCUGGGUGACCAAGAAAGAAUGGCAGGCGCACAAUAACGGCAUUCAUCAGCUUAAAGCCGACGCCGCCGCGCCAUAUCGCAUAGAGCGGGCGCAAGUGGUUUCUGUUGGAAACGACGGCAUGGUCAAACUCUGGGAUGGUUUUUUGCAGGAAGAUAGGCUUGAAGCAAGCCUUGAAUCGAACCAGACCAAGUUUUGCCAGUUUGAUGAGCUGUCGCUCAUGGUCAUGACAUGGAACGCGGGAGCUUCGACACCCCACAGCCUACGAUACUCGAAUGGCGAUUCAAGCUUCUUUCAGGAAUUCGUGCAGACGAGUGGCUCGCCAGACAUUCUAGUUUUUGGCUUCCAAGAGCUGGUUGAUCUCGAAGACAAGACUGCCACUGCCAAACGCUUUCUCAAGUCGAAAAAGACGGACACGGACAACAUGGGUCACCACUAUCGUGACUGGCAAGAGUUCUUGCGCAAAACAUUGGACGACUAUGCGCCGGAAAAGCCUCUAUACCAAGAGCUAUCUACUGAAUGUCUUGUCGGUCUUUUUACGUGUAUCUUUGUGAAGUCUUCGCUGCUUGGGCGCAUCAAAAUGGCAGACUUGCAGAGCGCCAUGGUCAAGCGCGGCAUGGGGGGUCUGCACGGAAACAAGGGCGCCAUUGCCGUGCGGUUUCAUAUCGACGACAGUUCUCUGUGCUUUGUCAACUGCCAUUUGGCUGCUGGUCAGACGGCGACUAAAUCGCGGCAUGAAGAUAUUACUCACAUCUUGAAGGCCGAGUUGUUCAGAAAGCAGCUUGACGAAUCAAAACGACAGAAUUACUACCGCGGCGGGGGCGAUGGUGACUUGAUUGUAGAUCACGAAAUUUGCGUCAUCAACGGUGACUUGAACUACAGAAUCGAUACCAUGUCUCACGAGACGGUUGUUAGGGCGGUGAAGCAGAAUAAACUUUCGAGGUUACUCGACCGCGACCAGCUACUGGUUGCUCGGCGGAGGACCCCUGCUUUUCAACUCCGCGCGUUUGAGGAGCUGCCGCUCACUUUUGCGCCGACUUAUAAGUACGAUGUCGGGACGGACCGCUACGAUACCAGUGAAAAGCGGCGCAGUCCGGCAUGGUGCGAUCGGCUGCUGUACCGAGGCAACGGCAAGAUUGAGCAACUCGAUUACGGGCGGCACGAGGUUAAAAUCAGCGACCAUCGACCAGUGAGCGGAAAUUUUAGGGUGCAUGUGAAGAAAGUGGAUGGUGGUAAACGGGAACAGGUCAAGAUGGAGGCGCACAAGACACUCGAGGCUAUGCGCCAGAAUUAUCUAGACGAAGCCAAGCUCAACUACUUGGUUGUAACGUGUGGAUUGUCUGAGUCGGAGAGCAGGGAACAUAUACAAGAUAGAUUUGCAAGAAACAGCAGAUAG